AUAGAAACUAACAUAAGGAAAACACAAAAAAAAUAAAAAUAAUAAUUUGAAUUAUUGUGUUAUAGGUGAAAGGAGAACAAAUCAAAUGUUUCAAUUCUAUUUGGGCGUACUAAUCGGGCUUCACUAAUUGGGCUUACUGUGUGGUCUAUAUCAUAAUUGGAUCAAUUUUAUAACCCACUUAGCAGCCAGCCGGCCUUUGUUUAGCGGUUAAGCACAACUGAAACGACGUCGUACAAAGUUUAUGUUCCCGCUCAGAAAUUGUUCCACUUUCACGCGUCACCGGCGACAAUGACGUCAUCGCCGGAAUCGGAUAACAUAGCGGAGAAGCCAUGGGCAGACAACGUUUCAGAAACAGUGACGUCGAUGUACAAUUUUGUCGCCAAGAAAGGGGAGCCUCAAGGCCGCGAGGUCACCGUUUUAGCCGCCUCUCUCCUCUCCAAUCUUCCUCAAGGAUUACAAGUGGUGGCGUUGGGCACGGGGAGAUCGCGGUGGAGUUGAGGCGGCGAUGUCAUGAACGAUUCGCAUGCUGAAUUAAUCGCCAGGCGAUCUCUUCUAGCAGGUCGUUGAUGGAAAAUGAGUGUGGAAAUGGCCAUCAUGUGUUAGUGUCACAUUUCCAGGUAAUCCAUUCUUCUUGAUUGUUUUCUAUAGCAUGAGUUUGCAUGUGUUUUGAGGUGAAGAAAUUGUGGGCUUAGUCACAUGUUUAAUUCGCAGUAUCACGCUUUUUCACUUCCACAUAAUUGCAUUUUCAUGCUGUCCAUGCUACCAAGAAAUGUAUGAUCCUUCACGAUAAACACCUAGUUAUAAAUCCUACUUUGCUCAAUUUAGUGGUGCCUUUCGAGUUUUCCCAAUUUAUAAAAUAGUGUUUUUUGAAUCAAUUGAUAGGCUACUAUUUGUUUAAUAGCAGUAAAAAUCUAUAGUACUAAAUGUUACUAUGAUUAUUAAGGUCGCGCCCAUAACAUAGAUAUCACAUCUAACAAAUAACCGAUUUUUCCUUCGGCGGCCUAUCUACAAGGCAUGAUUUUAGGAGAGUCAAUUGACGUCCACCAGCAACCAAUGAAUUACCCUCUAAAGGGAAGAUAAAUUUACUUCUCAUUACUAUUCCAUUUUCAUUUUUCAACCCAUACAUAAUUCUACAAAUCAGUCUUGUUUUCUGUACAAUGACCGCAAAGAAUUAUUCACAUUCCUUCCUCUGUUUUAGAAUUUAGAGCAGAAACCUCUUUCAAAUUCUCUCUCUCUCUCUUUCCUCACACACACACUAUUGUAGAAUAUUGAGUGAUGAGUUUUGAUUAAGCACUAAUCAUUGAGGGAAAACAUGAAAGGGCAUGAAGAGAAGUUGAUGAAUAUAUUUUGGCUAAGGCCUGCUUUCAAGAGAUAUUCUCUGAGGUCGCCCUCGUGCGCAUCCUUUAACAAGGCACUCUGUUCAUCAUAUUCACUUCUCCCAUUCUUCGUCUUCUUCAUCCUCAUUGUUGCUGUUCUCGUCUUCACCGGCCAGGUCGACCUCGGAAACUAUGUAAGUUAUUCUUACCUAAGGAGCUCGCGCGAAAAUAGCAUCGAUGGACUGGACUGCGCGGCGUGGAACUAUACCAAGUCCUGCCCGAGAUACUACCCGGUCAGACGCCAACCGUCUGCAAAUCCGCCUCCGACCUGCCCGGACUAUUUCCGAUGGAUCCACGAGGACCUCCGCCACUGGAGACAGACCGGAGUCACGAAAGAGAUGGUGGAGAAAGCGCGGGAGACGGCACAUUUCCGCCUCACCAUCCUCGACGGGAAAGUCUACGUGGAGAAUUUCCGGCAGUCCAUUCAGACGCGGGCUCUGUUCACGGUGUGGGGGAUCGCGCAGCUCGCCCAGACCUAUCCGGGGAGAUUGCCGGACCUGGAGCUAAUGUUCGACUGCGAUGAUCGCCCCGUAGUGGAGGCCGAGCGCUUCGGGCUGCCGGAGUCUGCCCCGCCCCCGUUGUUCCGCUACUGUUCGGAUUGGCGCAGCUUGGAUAUCGUCUUCCCUGACUGGUCGUUCUGGGGAUGGGCGGAGACGAACAUAAAGCCAUGGAGAAGUGUGUUGAAGGAUAUAAAAGAAGGAAACAAGAAGGCAAAAUGGGAGGACAGAGAGCCGUAUGCGUAUUGGAAGGGAAACCCCGAUGUGUGCCCAUGGAGGGCUGACCUUAUGAAGUGCAAUGCCACCCCUCAAACUGACUGGAACGCUCGUCUUUAUGUUCAGGACUGGAUUGCAGAGUCCCAACAAGGAUACAAGCAAUCUAAUCUUGGAAACCAAUGCACUCACAGGUACAAAAUCUACAUAGAAGGGUGGGCCUGGUCGGUGAGCGAGAAGUACAUCUUCGCCUGCGACUCCCCCGUCUUGCUCAAUACGCUGCGUUGGCAUGAUUUCUUCAUAAGAGGCAUGGUUCCUCAGCACCACUACUGGCCCGUGAGGGAUGAUGACAAAUGCAGGUCUCUCAAAUUCGCAGUCGAAUGGGGAAACAACCAUACGAAAAUUGCCAAGUCCAUUGGUGAAGCCGGGAGCCGCUUCAUCCACGAGGAUCUAAAGAUGGAGUACGUCUACGACUAUAUGUUCCAUCUUCUCAACGAGUACGGGAAGCUGAUGAAGUACAACCCCUCUGUUCCUGCUGGUGCAGUUGAGCUGUGCCCGGAGUCAGUGGCCUGCGCUGCUCGAGGGAUCUGGCGGAAGUUCAUGGAGGAAUCCUUGGAGAAGGGGCCUAGUGAGUCCGAUCCGUGCACGAUGCAACCGCCUUACAAUCCUCAAGAAAUCCUAGCCUUCAAUGAAGGGAAGAUCAAGAGGACUAAACAAGUGGAGGCGUGGGAGAAUGAGUAUUGGGGCAGACAGAAGAGGAAGAAGCAGCGAUUAUAAGCAAACUGUUUUCAGUGACUUUUAUAACUUUGUCACAUACUGUUUUAAGGUAGAAGUUGCAGUCUUUUUUUUAUUGUCUUAUUCUCUUUUAAAGUUAUGUUGAAUAAGAGCAUAAUUUUUAGGAUUUUGUAAAUGAGGGUGCCAUGAUUCAGACAUUGAUGUUGAUGAAAAUGAUUCAACAGAGGUGAAGAAGACA